UAGUGACACACUACCUGGCUCUGUGAUUUAAGUUCUACUUGCUUUAAGAACGCGUCUCUGCCUUAAGUAACGUGUUUAACGAAGCGAUUUAUAUAAAGUUCACAACAACCUUGUAAAUUGUACGCAUUCAGAUAUGGUGAUAUUUUAUGUUUUGGAUAUUGUUGUACUUUUUUUGAUGAUCGGAGAAGUGUACUCUACCGAUGUCAGCACGCAGUUCUGCAACCAAUCGACAGAGACUCAGCCGAACCCAUGCUGCCUCUGUCCGGCAAACACGUCAUGUGACCUCACCUGUCCGAGGGAGUGGAAGAAAAUCAGAGGAAAUAAAGUCCAAUGCCCGAAUCAAACUAUGAACCCCGACAAAUUCAAUAUCAGUACUGAAUAUGAUUAUAUGUUUAAUAGUACUGAAUAUCAUGAUGCAGACUACUAUAAUGUAGAAUAUGAGUAUGCAAAUUUCGGAGACAUGUCUCCUGGUGACAGCGAAAGUCCGCAGACGCAAAACGGUACCUUCACGCUGAGUAAAAACACUUAUAUCUUGUAUUGUGUGGCGGAAUGCCCCGUCCGCACGUUUUACGAGCACCGGGAUUUAAAGUGCCAUCCUUGCGACCCGUCUUGCAAGGCGUGUGACGGACCGAACGCUACUGGGUGCACUGCAUGUGAGUUCAAAACCGAUGAUGGCUGCAUGAAAGAAUGUCCCCCAGGGUGGGAGCCUAUACUCGACCGGAAAGGACGACGGCGGGGAACGGUGUGCAAGAUCCGAGUUUCCGACGUCGGCUGGAAACCCCAAACGGCUGUCAUUGUCGGCGCUGCGGUAACAGUAGGUGCUUUCAUCGUCGUUGGCGUGGCCAUUGCUGUUUGGUGGCUCAAGCUUUGCGAUAGAGGCAGAACAGGCAACUGUUCCAAGGUACAAACGCAGAAUAAGAGGUCUAAACCAAAUAGAUACGUUCGAGGAAAAAACGACUUUGAUGCUUCUGGCUUCACGGACGAAAGACAGCCCUUCACAGGAAAUACAGAGGACGCUAAUUAUCACCUAUACAAUGAAAUCGAAGACAAGAUUAAAGAGGUUAAAUACGACUAUGCGGACGCAAAAUGUGUAGUUGAACAGAAGAAACCCGUUGAGUCAGAAGAAGGCUACGAACCAAUCGAAGGCGAUUUCCAAGACGUAACUCAUGACAUACAUGUCGAUGAAGACAUAUAUGAGGAAAUGGGAGUGUCUAGAACAAGUAAAAGCCCAACACCGCGAGCGGGACAAGAGCCUUACUUAACACACGUUGCUGAAAGUGCAGUGAUAAAUAUAGGUAAAACAGAACUAGGUGUAUCAACUGCACCCGAUAUAAGCAAAAGCGACAACGACAGAACAUGUGUUGAUGAAAACACAAUUAAUACAGCUGGUAACCUUAGUAAUGAACCAUUAACCAUCGACGAUGUUUGCAAUACAGCAGCAUAUCGAACUGAAGAUUAUUUGGUACCGAUUUCUCGAACAGCCAAAGAUGCUUCAACGAUUGGAGCGAUUGAUAACAUUAAUUCAAACGUCGAUGUAACACAAAUCAAAACUGAACAAACACGUGAAGGUAUCAUGGAUGAUGGCAAUGAGUGUGCGUUUUAUACAAUUGCUACAGAUAAUAAAGGCGGCUUAACUGAUAGUGUAGCGGCAGCUGGUGGAGAAUCAGACUCAGCUAAGAAAUUGCAUUUUCAUAUGAUGGGUCUCCAACACGCGUCAAACAAAAAUGAGACGAAACGUGGAAACUCUAGAUCGAACGACAUUACCGGUAGAAAACCAAAACUUAAACCAAAGCCCUUGCCGAAAGCUUAUAUACAACCGAUAGUGGCGUCCGAAAUAGGCGUUGAGCAAGCCGUCAAACCAGUAUCUGAACGAGUUCCAGAAAAAAGCACAGACUUUGAUGUUAUUUCCAAGCUUAGGCAUAUUAAACCGGUUCCUCUUCCAAGAAAGCAAAUGAAGUCAAGUGAUGGUACUGUUAAUGACGAUAAACAAAUGACAAAGCAAGAUUAUGUUCCAGGUAAAAAGGCAAUACCAAAGUAUCUGUCGGAUUUUAAUGAAAACGAUACAAUAAAGGCUCAAUCUUGUAAAUAUGAAUUUCCUGAAAAACCGGACACUGCCCUGUCGGAUGUUUUUAAAGACAAAGUUCAGCAAACUGGUCAUUAUACGGACGUGCUAAGCGUUGACGACUUAAAAGAUGCGAGUAAAUAUAACCGAGUUAAUGAAGAACCAAGUUCAGAAAUGGAUCUAACUGAAAUGUCUUCGCCAAAAUUAGUCUCUCUGUCCUUCUCAGAAGAAGAAAUCAAAGAAAUUUUAGGCGAAACAAAGAAAAUAUUUUUUGAAUAGACACGAUAGCAAAUUAUUAUCCGAAACAAGUUCAACCACAAACAAAUUUGUUAAGCAUUUGAUUAAGUCACAUUUGAUUCAAUUUUCAAAUAGUGUUUGUCUUCUUGUUAUCAUCCAUUUUGUAUCUUAAUGCUUUGUCUGUCCGUGAAGAUACCAGAAUAUCAUUAUUUAAUUGUUCGUUUCACAUAAAAACAAUGUGUAUAUACUUAUUUAAUCUUUCGUGGUUUCAGUUUGUUGUAAUUAAACAUGUUUGCAAUCACUUUGUAGCAAAGAUGUUUGUUCUAAGUUGGUUCAUACUUUUUUCAGUAUAUACAAUCAUAUCUGUUUAAAGAAUAACCAAUGUAUGCGAUGCACUAUACAUUAAAACAUUAACACAGCAA